AGUCAGUAUAGUGGACUACUAUUGGCCAGUGAGUUUGUCAAUCAACGUAGAAGCGGCAUACGCAUAGCAAUAAUGGCCGAUGCUCAAGUCGCCAUGGCUAAUCAGCGCUGUCAGGAGAAAACACCCGUCCAGAUCCUGCAUGAAUAUGGCAUUAAAAUGGGCAGCGCGCCCGUGUACGAGCUCAUCCAGGCUCAGGCUGAAGGAGACAUGCACCAGUCCUCCUUCAUGUUCAGUGUCACCAUAGGAGGCAUCACAUGCAAAGGUCGAGGAUCCACUAAAAAGGCUGCUAAACAUGAAGCUGCAGAAGCCGCCUUGAAAUUAUUGAAACGAGACACCCAGCCAAAUGAUCGGAGAGAUGGUCUUUCUCCUGAAGCCGGUGAAUCCAAUCAUGUAGGAGUCCUGCAGGAGCUGGCCAUGCAGAGAGUUUGGUGUCUGCCGGAGUAUGUGGUGUGUUUGGAGACAGGGCCGGAUCAUAUGAAGGAGUUCACAGUUACCUGUCGUCUGGAAGGACUGGAGGAGUCAGGCACCGGCAGCUCCAAAAGGCUGGCCAGACGCGCAGCAGCCGAACGCAUGCUGGGGAAACUACAGAGUUUGUCCGGAUCUCCCGAGAUCACGUGGAGCCCACCUUCUCGCGUGUAUGUGGAAAGCUUACGGCAGGCCACAGGGGAGAAGAUUUCCCUCCUGAGGAGGACGCCGCUCAGCAUCCCGAACACAGACUACAUUCAGAUGCUGCUGGAGAUCUCACUGGAGCUGGGCUUUCAGGUCACAUACAUAGGCAUCGAUGAGCUGACAGUGAACGGCCAGUACCAGUGUUUGGUGGAACUGUCCACCAGGCCGGUGACGGUGUGCCACGGCACCGGGAUGACCAGCAGUAACGCCCACAACACCGCAGCACAUAACGCCCUGCAGUACAUCAAGAUGGUCGCAAGUAAACUCUAACAGCAGGUCUGGGAUCUGUGUGCACAUGAAUUCUGACCUGCAUAGCAACUGACUCCGAGCCUGUUUCACACAGCACACACAAGCACUGCAACCAAUGACACAUUCUGCUGUAAGAGACCCGACUCUGCAGAAAAGAAAUGAAAUUCUGGUUUACAA